AUGCCGUCCUUGUGGCCCUCGCACCCCGGACUAAGCUGUAUGCCUGAGAAAGGUUUCAGCUGGAACGAGUCGACCGUGAGUGAUUCGGCAUCGGAUUCCUCUGAAAUGUCGAACCCCGUCGAUACUCGCGCAGCACCAGAGAUCCCUCCAGCGGUGGCCAAGCGGCUGCUCGAUUUCGUUCCAACCCAGACCCAUUCUUCGCUACGCUUGACAUGUAAGUCAUGGUCUCGAGCUGUCGACACGGCGAAACCCGUCUCACGACCUGCUGGAAAUAUUGUUCCGCCUGAGAUUCUGCUGCAGAUCUUCUACAUGUUGAAUCCUCGGGAUUUUGACAAUGCCCGGCGGAUUUGCUCGCAAUGGAUGCGGAUUAGCUUGGAUCAGCGUCUACUGGAGAGUAUGCUGAAGCGAGCUGGCUGGUGGGAUGCAUGGCAGCGGGAUUUCCAGAUGCAGCGUCCACCUGCUUCGCCUGCUGAGGAGGAAAGUUUAGUGUGGAGGAUGAGCAAGCGUUUCUCCACGGAGUGUCUGCUGUCCGGCCGGAAGUUGAAUGUCGAGAAGCCUGGCUUCUUGACUACUGGUGUUAUUGACUUCUCGAAGCUCUCUCCGCAACAUCGGUCUCAGAGCGCGCGAAGCGCGCAGCGUCCGUCUGAGACAACCGAUUACUUUAGCAGGGAUGUUACGGCUACAUCGAAGUUCAAUGUCAGCACCUGCGGGAACUAUUUGUUAGUGACUUCCGGGUGUAUGAUCUAUGUCUACCGCUUGCUCGCCAAGAAGGCUGGCCUGUUGGAGUCGAUGUCGUUAGCGGACGUUAGCGAUAAGGAUAUCGCGCUUGUCGCUAGCAUUCCUUGUCCGGAUGGUGUGGUAUCGGCUACCAUUGACACGAGCGCACCCAAGUUUGUCAUUGCUGCAUUGCUGCAUGACCGCGUCGGAAUGGUCUGCGACCUUAUUACGCCUGAGAACCAGGAAGCAGUCGACGAAUCUGUACGAAAUGAUAGGAUUGAUGCUUCACAACACUAUUUUCACGACGUGUGUUCCCCCGAAGAUCCCCCGCGCAGCGUAUCUAUCUGCCCCGGCCGUCGCUGCGUCGCAUUCGGCGGCGGAACAGGCAUCGAACUGCGCUGGGUCGACGAACUAUCCAGGCAAGACUGCCGCAAGCACUUCCCCAUGACCCAACCAUCCGAGAUCCUCCACUUCCUCCCCAAUCGUGCAGACACACCUGAAGAGCUCCGCCUCGUCUCCUCCUUAGCCGGCCCCGGCGUAUCAGGUUGCCAAUGCCACAGCGAAACCCAACAACCCUGCCAACUCCACCUAGCAGCAGAUGUCCACUCCCUAACUAGCCUCGACCCCCGAGACAAGCAGAACCUCAGCCUCGUCCGCGCAACGCACUGCCACCACUACCGCGCAAUCCCUAUAAACGACGGUCUACACAUCCUCUUCAUCGAGCCGCGCACGGGAUUCCUCUGCAUAGGCUCCGACUCGCCUAUCGGCGGUCCUUCAAAUCUAACCCGCGCCCUCGUCUGCGCACCUCCAUUUGAUCACGAACACCCCGAAACGGUCCCCACGCCUACCGUCUUCGCAGCAGGCUCAGACCUCUCCUGGGGCCUCCGCGUCGUCGCAGCCUACAAAGACCGUCUAGUCCUCUACUCCGUCCCGCUCGACGUCUUCAACGUCAUCCGCAAAGAACGCGAGGUGCAAUCGCUAGGUGUAAUGGGCGACUCCGACCUCGCGCGCGAUUGGUUCCUAGAUGGUGAACGAUCCUCAAAGCGUCGUGGAAGUCUCGUCCCCAAUCAAAACGGUGACUGGGAGUUUCUGCUUAGUGUCAGCUACCGCCCCACAGCAAUGAUGUGGCCGCUUAAGAUCUACGGGAAAGAAAUCGGACGGAUGGACAACGUCGUCGAACUCGCAUUGCAGUCGUCCCACGGCGGUGCGCGCGUAUGGGCCUUCGGGGCAUCGGGCGAAACCAACAUCAUCGACGUGGAUACCUUCACCUCUCCCGCACAAAGACCAACAGACGUCCCCUGCAAAUCCCUCUCCAUCGACGAAGACGGCAGCGUCGAGAAUGCACAGUUCGUCAAUCGAUCUGAGGAAUCGGGCCUGUUCUCCCCGCGGUCUCCGCGGGCGGAGUUCCUGAAUGACUUCCGAGGCCAGCACUCGACUGCUGCGCAGCUGCAUCAUGCCAUGGCGGGUUUGAAUAUGGGUCAUGCAGCGACCCAGCCCGCUAUUCAGGCGGCCGGUGCGGCGUCGCGACGGCGCCCGUCGUAUGCGGCGUGUAUUGUUGGGUUUAAUAUUCCUGAGCUUGGGGCGAGGGAGGGGCGGUGGGUUGAGAACGAAGCUUGA